GGUGUUGGUGCGGCCGUCUUGCUAAGGUUAAGCAGGUGGAGGAUUUCUCCGACCAGUUCGGCAUGAAAUUUUUCAUGUGUGCGAGCUAUGAGCAUGAUCCACCCCGUAGUUCAGCUUCGUCGUCCACCAGGCCGCCGUCUCCCCCGCCCCUAUGCAAAUGGUUUCACUGGAUAGACACGGAGCAGCCGGACUGGGCGCGUCAGGAGGUUGAGGAGAAACACCGGCGUGCGUGGGCAACGUUCUUUGAGGAGGAGCGUUGGGAAAAGGUUCGUGCUAAUGAAAAAGCAGAGCGAGAGAGGCAGAUACAGAAACUUAGGGCGGAACAAGCUCGUAAUCGCGAGGUGAAUCAGAAGAGGAUGGAUGAUGAGUUUUAG